UCUCUUUUCCUCUGAUGUCCCCAAAGGGUCUUCUUCUUCUUCUUCGUCUCUGCUCUUCACUUUCAAUUGUAACCUCUUCGUCUUCUUCGCCGUCUCUGGUAACAACUCCGGCGAGUCUUUUUUUUUUUUUUUUUUACUUUGAUGUGAAUUUGCGAGAUUUACUGUUUAAUUCAUGAUAACAAUUUUAGAUUUUUGAUCGGAUGUGAAAUUCAGAGUUUUUCAUAACAAACGAGAAACAAAACAAAAAUCUAUUUUUCUUUCUUCUAUUGUUUCGGAAUCUAUGGGUGAAGCAAGCAGACAACAAAGGGCAUGGAACAGAGAAAUGACGGUUACGACAAAUCUUUCUUUAGACAUAGACAAAUACCCGAGAGAUCUGUUACGAGGUUUCAUGUCUGAAAACGGCGGUGGAAGAGCCUUUCACGGCGGAGAAUUAGGCUGCGAUGAUGAGAGUGCCAUUGAGCUGAAUCUUGGGUUGUCUUUAGGAGGUCGAUUCGGAGUAGACAAGACUCCGAGGAAGCUGAAACGAUCUUCUUCUGUUUUGGACACUGUACCAUUCAACGAUUCAACGGUGGCUGAGCCUGAGAAUUACACGGUGGGUUUAGAGAGAACGACGUCGUUACCGGCGGAGAUGGAAGAGGAAUGGAGGAAAAGGAAAGAGAUGCAAUCUCAGAGAAUGGAAGCUAAGAGAAGGAGAUGUGAGAAACAGAGUUUCAGAGUUGGGAAUUCUGAUGACCAAACGGUGUCGUUUGAGAAUGAGAGAUGGGUUACUGCGAGUAAAAGUGGCUUCUUGCAGAGACAUUUGGUUUCUUCUAAUAGACAAGUGUGUGGUGUUGAUUCCGAUGGAGGAGGUGGAACAGGAGGAGGUAGCUCAUCGAGCUUGUCGGAACUAGACAACAAGAAUCAGCAAGGAUCAUCUAACAGCUGCAAUGAUGAAAGAAGCCCGAAGAUCGUGGCAGGAUGUUCUUCGAACAGCGGAAGCCAGGGAACAGAGAAACCGAGUGUGACUAGAGCCGACAAAGUGAAUGAGAAUGAGAAAGGAGUGAGAAAAGAGGACUCGGUGGAUAGGAAAGGAAAAGGGAUGGCUACGUCUACUGGUUUGGUUGACAUGCCUUGUGUGUUUACGAAAGGGGAUGGGCCAAACGGAAGACGGGUUGACGGGAUUUUGUACAAGUAUGGAAAAGGAGAGGAAGUGAGGAUAAUGUGCAUUUGCCACGGUAGUUUCUUGACACCAGCUGAGUUUGUUAAACACGGUGGCGGAGGAGAUGUGGAUCGUCCUCUACGGCAUAUCGUUGUCAACACUUCUUCUUCGACCUUUUAAAUAGAAGAAUCGGUAAAGAAACCAGAGGUCUUUUGUUCUUUGUUUCAUUUUUCUUGUUGUUUUAUCUUUUAAAUCUCUAGUUUUUGGCUAUAAAAAUGAAUGCCAAAUCUCAAUCUUGAUGAAGAUCAAGAUUCUCUUGUUUUAGGUCUAUUACUUGUGAGUUGUGAACAUGAAAGUAUCAUCAUCAAAUGAUUCUUUCUCAA